AUUAAAUCUGUGUGUAAACUGUAAAGCUAUAAUCUUUUUGAGCUCUCGCCGAUUCGUGUCACGUAAUUGGCAAACAAUUCAAAGCUUUCAUUAAGAGUUUUCUUCCUGCCAUGCAUUUUUGGAUCGACAAGCGCUCGCAACAGUGCGGUUUUGGACGCUCACGGGUGGCUGCCUCUUUGUCACAUGCAGGCAAUGGUCUCAGCUAUUGCCACCCCCCACGGCGAAGCAAGUCAAGCAGUAAUCAUAGCUCGGGGGCUGGUGUAAGCAACAGCACAAACAGUCAAACCCAAGUCCUACCUUCGGUACAUAGAUCUCAGGCGCAACAGUACCAAUUGGGCAGCUCCGAUGGACUGGCCGGCUCUAGUGCACGCCAUUAUAGCAAUAACAAUAUACCCCAAUCUCAAAACUACAUCUCUCAGCUGAACAACAACAGUGCUGGGACUGUAAUAUCAACCCCUGCUAGCAAUAACAACCAUACAAGCAUCGCCACCUCAUCAGCAGCUGUGCUGACAGGGAGUGGCACCGUAGUCCCCAUGACAACGCGUUCGAAUCACCACAGCAUGCGCUGUCAGCCACGGCAGCAACAGCACCAACACCGACAGCUGCCCCAACAACAUCAACAGCACCUGCAAUAUAGUUAUCAUCAUCCACAGUUUGGCAACAUGGCCGUGAGACAUCAUACGAACGGGAGUUACAGCUACGACUCCCAACAGCAAUAUCGACAGCAACAGCAGCACUAUCAGCAGCUACAACAGCAUCAUGGCGUUAAUGCCGAAGCUACUUACAGCCCUUGUCACACCAGCAGUUCGACGACGAGCACUCGACAAACCACCGUCCAUGUCACGCCUCAUCGUCACAAUUCCAGUAACAACAUGCGCCACUCCACUGAACCAAUAACUGCAGUGCCGCCACAAAACACAGCAGUUUCAGGCAACAAUAAUAUCUUGCAGCAGCCCCGCCAUGCAGUGCUACAACACACCGACUCCCAGCUGUUGCCUAGUCACCUGAAGUGUGGCAUGUGCGCAUCUCUAGCGCUAGCUUCACUGUUUGUGGGCGGUGCCAAAUUUUACAUUGAUCACCAGGGAACAGGCCUGGAGGUGCUUAUUUUCUGCAUCUUCUCAGCCACCUUUUUUUUGGCCGCGUGCACGAUUUCACUUUGUCGCAUACCCAAAAGCUUGAUUACGAGCCACACCGACUUGCAUGCUGUAUGUCGCAACGGCGUUGCCGCAUCCACUUCGGGUAGCUAUGUGAGGGGACAAGAGAAUAACGAUAUGCAGUACCAGGACGAUCGACCAACUGCCACCAUUGCGACCACGGCAACAGCUGCUACAGUCGGGCCUCCACCUUAUCAUAUAGCAAUUUUAUUACCGGAGCAAACGCAGGCGGGACUGGAAAUAUCGUUGGAUGAGUCACCACCUCCGUCCUAUGAUAAAAUAUUGAUUUAACAUGUCGAAGUAUAUGAGUUCAUAUAGAACGUCAAUUUUAUAUUCAAGCUAGAGAUUUGUAAUGUGAUUUCAUUUUAA